UAUAUAUAUUUCCUGGAAGCAGGACCAACAGCCUCAGUUUUGUUGCUGCGUACCAAAUUCGCAGCCCAUCAAUUAUUUUUUCUAAUUCAAAUCAUACCAAAUCUUCUCAUGCUUUCUGCGGAAUAUUAUUUUCAUUAUUGUUGACGAAAACCUAUUUCAUUGAAUCGUUUCUUUUGAAUUUCUCAUCGAUUUUUUUUCCUAUGACUCCAAUCCUCCCAGAUUUUGAUUCCUCGACCUCGAAUUCCCAGAUAUCUGUCGCCAUUUCGACAAUCUUGUUCUGUUAUGUGUAGAUCGAAAAUGGCGGUCAGAGCAUCGGAACCCGUGCGGAACCCGAAUUCAGUCCCCAGACCAGCCAUGAGUGAUCCUUCAAGAACUCCUAGAAAUUCUUCAUCCAAAUCGCAAGGAGAGAAACCCUCGUCCUCAUCCUCGAAAACCCCCAAAACCCCCCUCUCUGAUCCCUUCCGCGGCACCUCCUCCUCAUACACCGCCGCCUCCACCUCCUCGUACCCCCCCCCCUCCGUCUCCAGCCAUGCUUCUUUGUCCAGCCUCCGCGAUACUCUCCCCGAAAGCGCCCAAAUCUACGAUUUCUCUGAAAUCCGCGCCGCCACCAACAAUUUCCUCGGCAAGCGCCACUCCUCCACCUCCUCCUCCUCCCAGUCGUGGCGCUGCGUCGUCAGCGGCAAAGACGCCCUCGUUUUCCAGCGGAAGCUCCGGAAAUCGAUGACGAGGUCAGACGUCCUGCAGAAACUCACCGUGAUCAGCAAGAGUCACUUCACGAGCAUAGUCAAACUCCUCGGAGUUUCCAUCUCCGGCGAGCAUAUUUACCUCGUAUACGAAUUCGUACAAGGAUCGGACUUGGGGCUGUGUCUGAGGAACAAAAUGAACCCAGAUUUUACGGUGCUGUCCACUUGGAUGUCGCGUAUGCAAAUUGCGACCGAUGUCGCGCACGGGCUCGAUUACAUUCACAAUACGGCGGGUCUGAGCAUUGAUAUGGUCCACAAGCACGUGAAGAGCAGUGGCAUAAUCGUGACGGAGCCAUCGUUCAACGCCAAGAUCUGCCAUUUCGGCGCGGCGGAGCUCUGUGGCGAGACGCGGGAGGAUGGGCCGCAGGCGACGGCGGCUGCAGCGGAGAGGCAGUUUGAGGGAGUUAGAGGGUACAUGUCGCCUGAGUUCAAGGCGACGGGAGUGGCGACGCAGAAGUCGGAUGUGUACGCCUUCGGGGUUGUGAUUCUUGAGCUGAUGACCGGAAAGGAGCCUGUGACGUACAAGUUUGAUCGGAGCAGUGGGAAUUACCGGUUAAUUUCGGUUAUCGAAACGGCGAGGGAGGCGGUGGAAGGCGGUGGGGAAGAGGGCGUGGAAGGGAGGCUGAGGAGGUGGACAGACAAGCGGUUGAGGGAUUCGUUCCCGGUGGACGCGGCGGAGAAGUUAACACGGGUGGCGUUGCAAUGCGUGCAGGAGGACCCGGAUAAGCGACCCGACAUGAAAUGGGUGGCGGGUAAAAUAUCGAAGCUUUACUUGGCAUCCAAAAUUUGGGCGGAAAGGGUUAAGUUUCCAACGGAAAUUUCAGUCUCAUUGGCUCCUAGGUAGCUUAAACUCCAUUUUUUCUUUUUCUUGGGGAGUAUCCCUAUUUUUUUAUUAAUGGAUAAAUAAUUUUGGCCCAACUUCUUUCUUUCUUUUUUUCUUUUUGGGUACUAAUUUUCAUAAAGAAAGACAAUUGCUAACCUAUUAAUUCAAUGUAAUUGGUAUAUACUGUGUUUA